AUGGACGGAUUCAGUGGAUAUAAUCAGAUCCGGAUGGACAAAGACGACGUCCCUAAGGUAUCAUUCAUUACUGACUUUGGUGUAUUCUGUUAUUUGGUUAUGGCAUUUGGGCUUAAGAAUGCAGGAGCCACAUACCAACGCCUGGCAAACAAGAUGUUCAAGCAUCUGAUAGGUAAAACUAUGGAAGUAUACGUCGAUGAGAUGCUAGUGAAAAGCUUGAAUAAAGCGGAUCACCUAGAGCAUUUGAAAGAAGCUUUUGAGGUCCUGAGGACGCAUAAGAUGAUGUUGAACCCAGCCAAGUGUGCCUUUGGGGUUGGUUCCGGGAAAUUCCUUGGUCUAAUGGUCUCCAAACGUGGUAUUGAGGCCAACCCUGACAAAAUAAAAGCUAUCCUCGACAUGGAACCGCCCAAAAGUAUAAGGGAUGUACAAAAGUUAACAGCUUUGAAGAAGGUUAAGAAUUUCGAGUGGACAGAAGAGAGCCAAGUAGCUUUUGAGGAACUAAAGAAGUACAUGGCAGAGCCACCUCUCCUAUCGAAACCCAUUGAUGGAGAGACCUUGUAUGUAUACCUGGCUGUUUCAGAACAAGCACUGAGUGCUGUAUUAGUUCGAGAGGAGUUGAAAGUUCAAAAACCGGUCCCGAAGGCUAGUGGAAGAUUAAUCAAGUGGGCAAUUGAGCUCGGGGAGUUCGAUAUCCGAUACAAACCGCGAACAGCGAUUAAGGCUCAAACUUUAGCUGACUUCCUCGUUGAAUGUACCAUUAACAACGGGGAAGUCGGGGGGCAAGAGGAAAAGAUUGAGGACAAGGUUGAAAACAAGGGUGAAGUACCCAAGCAACCUAAAGAAUAUUGGUUACUAUUUUUUGACGGGGCUUCAAAAACAAAAGGUAGUGGUGCAGGACUUGUGCUCCAAAGCCCCGAUGGCUUUACUGUGGAAUACGCCAUUAAGCUGGACUUCCCAACUACUAACAACGAAGCCGAAUAUGAGGCUUUGAUAGAUGGGCUUGGAUUAGCCAGGACCCUGAGGGUAAGGAACUUGAAGGUCUGUGGUGACUCGAAGCUGGUGGUUUUCCAAGUGAAUGGUGAGUUUGAAGCUCGGGAAGACACAAUGCUUAGAUAUCUGAGGAUUGUAAAGACUCAAAUGGCAUUGUUCGAAGAAUGUAUUGUAGAAUAUUUGCCAAGAGAGGAGAACACUAAGGCUGAUGCCUUGUCCCAAUUUGCAUCCUCUGAUGAUGAGGUAUGCUCGGGAAGUGUUUAUUAUCAGGUUAUGAGAACCCCAAGCAUCGAUGCAAAAUUGGUUGCUCCGAUUGAUACGGGAGCCACCUGGAUGGAUGAAAUCAAAUUGUACCUUGAAAAUGGCCAUCUACCAACCAAUGCUGAUGAAACACGAAAGUUGCAGGUAAGGGCCCUUAAGUACGUGCUCAUUGAGGGGAUCUUAUAUCGGAAGUCGUUUGUCAUCCCCUACUUGAGGUGCCUAAGGCCUGAUGAGGCACGAGAGGCUCUUAGGGAAGUUCAUGAAGGGGUGUGUGGCCAACAUCUUGGAGGAAGGGCAUUGGCUCACAAAGUCACCCGUCUAGGAUUUUAUUGGCCUGACAUGCUAAAGCAUGCCCAAGAAUAUGUGAAGAGGUAUGGAAUACCACGAAUCAUGGUGACAGACAAUGGGACCCAGUUCAACAAUGCUGAGUUUAAGAGUUAUUCUGAAGAUUAUUCAAUUGAACUGCGCUUCACCUCGAUUGCUCAUCCUCAAGCUAACGGACAAGCUGAGGUGGCUAAUAGGAUAAUCCUUGAUGGACUGAAAAAGAGGGUUGAGAAGGCCCACGGGUCAUGGGCCGAGGAACUGCUUCCAAUACUUUGGGCGUAUCGAACAACUUGUAAAGUCUCUACCGGAACAACCCCAUUCCAGUUAGCUUAUGGAGCUGAGGCAGUCGUACCCCUAGAAAUCACACAUACUUCCUUAAGGGUCCAGCAAUAUGAGCCGGAAGCCAAUGAGGAAGGCAUGAGACUUGCACUCGACAUGAUUGAUGAAAUCCGUGAUGAAGCUCAUGCUAAGAUUGUGGAAAACCAGAAGCGAGCUUCCUACUAUUACAACCUACGAGUUAAAGAACGAUACUUUCGAGAAGGAGAUCUAGUACUUAGAAAGGUUGAAGCCUCUGGGGUGGGCCCCAAGGGCAAGAUGGCUCCUAACUGGGAAGGCCCAUAUCAAAUUAAGGCUGUUACGGGCCAUGGCUCAUACAAGCUUCAGACCCUUGAAGGAAUUGAAGUCCCAAGAAGUUGGCACGCGACCAACUUGAAGAUAUAUUAUGUUUGA